AUGUCCAACAAAGCGACAGACGACCUGGCCACACCAGCGGCGGACAGCGUGACAACCCCAGCAGAAGGAAACGAGACGAACCCAGCGCCAAUCGACGAGACGGCCAACCUAGCAAGAGCUGAUCAAAUGCGGGAAACAAGGGCUUGCCAAGAAAAAUUCCUCAGGUAUCAGGAGUCUUUCAACGAUAUAAUAGAAUGUCUUCGAAAAUGUAAUGGUGAUGAGCCGCCCGAUGAAAAGCCAAACCUGAUGGGCGAGGAGGUAGAUCCUGAAGGCGCGGAACUGUCGCCAACUCCUGAAGCUAUGACUCCCGAAGUUAUAACCCCCGAAGCUAUAACCCCCGAAGCUAUAACCCCCGAAUCUAUAGCUAAGAAGAAAAUGAAGGAACUUACCGAUCGAUCAGCUAUACUUGGCCUUCCUACGGCAAUCGCUGAAAGCCGCCUAAAAGAGCUUUGCUGCAACAAGGACGGGCCUGAGGACAUGAAAUUCCCCGUCAUCAAUCUCGUUGAGCUGCAAAGACUAAAUAUUUAUGCGAUUCGAAAGAGGCUCGCAGAAAAGGCCAUUGCUAUUUUGGAUACAACGUCCCUAUGUGAUAACGAGGCGUGGCGAAUUAAGGGUCUAAUGUCUGACUAUUGCAACGCCCUCAGAGACUUCGACUACAUGCUACAAAAAGAGAACAAUGAGAUUGAGCGUGAUCCAUUCUAUCUCAUGUACAGCCGAUGGUGCGACUGGGCGAUCAUGAAACCCGUAGUAAAGAAGCUCUAUAAAUCCACCACCAAAACAAUGAUGGAGGCACCGAGAGAUUAUGCCGAUCCGGAGAUGAUCGGUGAUGCUCGUGCCUGGACAAAAAAACGGGCAAGAGACGCCUCCUUCUAUAAGCGGUUCUGGUUUGGCCUCGCGGGUGGCCUGGCACUGAUCGCUCCUAUGCUGCUUAUUCUUCUUCAUCAUGACCGAGUCACGGCCUUGGCGACGGCUUCUGUUGCGACAGUGUUUUUUGCGGUGACGAUGGCGUUUUAUCAUGAAGCUGAUGCGAGUCCAUUGGCUCCCGUGGGGGCAACGGCGGCGUAUUCUGCUGUUUUGAUUGUUUUGGUGGGGACAAAGCUUUGAAGGGGCGUGUUUACCCCGUCUAUAUUUUGGUUAUGUUUAUUACAUAGCCGGAGUUUUCAUAUAAUUUCAGUUAGAGUGCCGUUGAAACAAAAUAAUUGUUGUGGGGAGUUAACAUAUUUGCUAAAUUAUAUGGA